AUGUUCUUUCAAAGAAUAGUAGUUUCUUUAUUAUCUACAUACUUUUUGACUACAAAAAUUAUGGUAUUCAUAUUUGUCUUUUUGAUUGGAUUGCUUUGUUUUGAGGCUAGUGCUACUGAAGAUGAAUUACUUGCUGUUGUUGUUAUAUACAGGCAUGGGGAUAGAACCCCUGUCAAGCCCUACCCAACAGAUCCAUAUCGAAAUCAGUCUUACUGGCCAGUAGAUUUUGGACAGCUAACAAAUCUUGGCAAAGAACGGCAACUUGAACUGGGCCAAUGGCUCCGUAAACGAUACGAUGGUUUCCUGUCUUCUAAUUAUUCAGAAAAGGAUAUUUAUGUUCGAUCCACAGACGUAGAUAGGACCCUGAUGUCGGCUGCAGCAAACCUGGCUGGACUGUAUCCUCCUGUUUCAAACCAGGUUUGGGACAAAAACAUAAACUGGCAACCUAUACCUAUCCAUACUACGCCUGAAAUCCAAGACGCCUUGUUGGCAGGCAAGAAACCCUGCCCCAAAUACGAAAAGCUACAAAAACUGCUUUUCCGGUCGGAGUAUUUCAGGAAUAUUUCUCAUCAAAACCAUGAUCUUUAUGCUUACUUGACGCGGUAUUCCGGAGAAACGAUUUCGAAUUUAGAAACCACAGAAUAUCUAUAUAACACAUUGAUGAUUGAGACCAUUUACAAUUACACAUUGCCUGAGUGGGCAACCAAAGUUUUUCCAAGAAAACUUGAACCCUUGGCAUUUUUGAGUUUUGCUACGCAGACUUUUACUCCUCAGUUAGCACGACUCAAAACUGGCCCGCUUUUCAACCAUAUUAUCUCAUUUUUCCAAAAUCGUACAACUAAAGUAAGCGAUACACCAAAGUUCUUAGUAUUUUCUGCUCACGACACAACUAUUGCGAAUGUACUUAAUACUAUGGGAGCUUUCCAGUACCAUGCCCCUCCCUAUGCUAGCAGUAUACUUAUGGAGCUUAGAAAACGGAAUAACGGAAGAAACUAUGUGAAUUUAUUGUACAAAAAUAGUAGUGCUCCUAAAGAAAUUAACCUGAAAAAUUGUGAUUUUAAUUGUGAUUUAGCCAAUUUUAUUUCGAUUUUGAAACCAAUUACAAUUGAUUUGAAAGAAUGGGAGGUAGAAUGCCAACCUAAAUGGACCAGUGGAUGGCCAAUUGAUUUUCAAUGGAAUAUCAUUAUUGGUUGUUCCAUAUUUACUAUGAUUUUGUUAGCAUUUGGAUUGGUUUUGAGCCUCAAAAAAUCUAAACAGCAAAAGGAAAAUGAUUAUGUGAAGUUACCUAAUGAAGAGUAUUCCUAA